AUGUCUGGAGCGCGUCAUUGGGAGCAAGACAAAGAGGCUACUGUCUACAUCGGCAAUAUCGACGAGCGUGUCACGGAUAGCCUGAUAUGGGAACUUAUGCUCCAAGCUGGCCGGAUUGUGAACGUACAUCUCCCAAAAGAUCGCGUCACGCAGACACAUCAAGGAUAUGGCUUUGUCGAAUUCAUUAGUGAAGAGGAUGCUGAAUAUGCAGCACGCAUUAUGAACCAAGUGCGCUUGUACGGCAAGCCAAUUCGUGUGAAUAAGGCAUCAGCAGAUAAACAAAAACCCGUAGAAGUCGGGGCCGAGCUAUUCAUUGGAAAUCUCGAUGCCAUGGUCGAUGAGAAGACACUUUACGAUACCUUUUCUCGCUUUGGUACACUCCAGUCACAGCCAAAGAUUGCGCGGGAUGAGAACGGCCUCUCCAAGGGCUAUGGUUUCGUAUCUUACACCAAUUUCGAGGCGUCAGAUGAUGCCAUUGCCAACAUGAAUGGCCAGUACCUCAUGAACAAGGAUGUUUCAGUUCAGUAUGCUUAUAAGAAGGAUGGCAAAGGUGAACGCCAUGGUGAUGAAGCAGAGCGAAUCUUAGCUAGUCAAGGGCAGAAGAAUAAUGUUGUCCCUGAAGUUCUGCAAAUGCCCGCCCAACUCCUGAUGAACGGGGUUCCACCUGCACCAGCGGCAAUGUUGGAUAAUGUCAUGGGUAUGGGACCUCAAAUAUCUGUAGGUGCCGGUCCGCCACAAGCUCUACCGCUUGGCUUCGCUGCCAGGCCAAAUGUUGGUUACAACACUGACCCUCCUCCACAACCGCGCCCUAAUAUUCCAUUACCCCCUCCACCUACCGGCCUCCCUCAAAGGCCACCGCCACCUCAGACGGGCUAUGGCGGCCCACAAAAUUUCCAUCCAACUGGCUUUGCGCCGCCUCAGGGAUUUCCACCCUCCAUGCCGCCUGGAUUUGGUACUCAUCCAAUGGGCCAAGCCGUUCCAGGCUUCAUACCACCUGGUUUUCCUCCACAGCAACAGGCUCCUCCGGGAUAUGGUCGAAGGUAG